GGGAGCUCAAAAUGUACUAUGUAAUGGUGAGGAGAGUCCUAAUGAGAAAGAGAGGGCUUGGACAUUAGCCUAAAAAGUCCCGUGGUUUUCUCCCUUUCCGGGUUUCCACGUAAAAAUGGCUUGUUCAUACACAUUUACACAUAUAUUUACUAUAUCGUGUUGGAUUAAACUCAACACUGGCGCCGUCUGUGGGAAUCUGUCCAAAAAGAUUACAUGUGUUCUUCCGUUGUUCUUCAAAGAUUCAUAUGAAAAUGGACUGAUUCCAGCAAAAACAAAAAAAAGAAAGACUACUGAUUUGAACGGGAGGAAGAGGAAAAACGAGGAUUUUGGAAGAUCUGGGUUGUCCGGAUCUUGCUCUGUUUUGCUGCCGCCGCCGGAGCAUCGUCGCCGCCAAAGCAUCACCACACCACCGUCGCCAUCACCGACCUACUGCUGGUUACUCCCCCCACCCGGUCGCCGUUCGAGCUUCCACGACUCGGCCGACGCGACAUGUGGGGUAUGCCGGUCGAGAGCUUCAUGAUUCUGCCAUUAAUGGUGUUUUUCGAGCUCAGAAUAAGGACGUUCAGUAGUUCGGUCGAGCUUCCGCCGGAUAAAAGCUGUUCGGGCCGCCUUGCUCGGCUGCGACCGCCGUCUCCACUCGCGAGAAGUGACCGACACGAACGGCCUGCACCUGGUUUGGUAGGAUGGUGCUCCACCUGCCUUUUCCUAAAAGAUGUACUCCGCACACGAUGCCUUGGUCUGAGGCAAGCCACGUCCGUGGAGUGAGGCCAAAUAAUGAAGAGCAAACUUUUAAAAUAAUGUUGACCGGGUCAAAAUUGAUGGAAGAAUUGACCAAGCUUUAUCUCCAAACCCAGCUGGCCGAAGCUUGAUCUCCAAAAGCUAAGUGCCACUAACCCAAUUUACUAGUUAUUGAAGUAUUAGAAUAAUACAGCAUGAUUAAAUAUUGCCAGUAUUUUUAUCACCAUUAUUUAUUAGGGAUUAAAACUCCCGAAAUUAAAUAAUGAGAGUGAUGCUCUAAGUGAUAAUUAGUUUUUACCGUCAUUUAAAUUUAAUGACUGGUUGUUGUGGGCCCGUCGGCCCGCUCCUGAUCAGCUUUAAUUAGCGAACGGAGCGCAUCUGAAUGACCAAUGAUAGGAUAAUAUCGGUAUUAUUGCCUGUUACAUCACUAUUAUUUGUUAGGGAUAAAAAUGUCCCGAAAUAAAUAAUGCAGAGCGAAGCUCUAGUGAUAGUUAGUUCGGCCAAUAUUUUAUCGAAUAUUUAAUUUUUUGUGGGGCCCGAUGGCCCACUCUCAAUCAGCUUGAUUAAGCGAUCCGAGCGUCUCCAGAAGGGCGAUGCCCCGACGACGCAUUUUAAUUGGGGGGUUACGCAUUGGUCCGCACGGCACCAAGUGCCCGAGCGACGAUCGUACCCUAGUACCAUCUGCGCCACUAGGCGAAGUGACUGUGCCAAACGCGGCCUGUGGGGCCCGAGGGCACCGAAGUGCUCAACCUCAUUUUUCGAGGGUAGUGCGACCAACUUGGGUCUGAGUUUGAAAACUCACGGACCGGUGAAUAUUUCUAUGUGACGUUCGGCGGGCUGCCAAUUGGCCCCGCCGCGAGCUGCUACGUCCAUUAACCCCGCACGAUGAGCCGGGCCGAGGGUCACGAUGACCCAUAGGUCGGUAAUCGUGGGUGUUAGAGGGAAGCCACGAUGACCCAUGCAGAUGGUUAUGUGUGCAUAUUUAUUGUCGGGCCGUGCGGCCCGUUACCAUGCUUAUUGCGCAGCCGAAGCCGCUCGACGCGCUUGAACGCAAUGAUUAGAAGACGCUCGGCCCGAAUCUUGAAGACGUGCAGGGCCGGCUAAAGAGGAGACCAUCACGGCUGAGGACCGUGAGACGAGCAUCUCCACCUAGAGGCCGAGGGCCUAGAGGAGACCACCACGGUUGAGAACCGUGGGACGGGCAUCUCCACCCAGAGACCGAUGGCCUAGGGAGAACACCUAGAGGCCGAGGGUCUAGAGUGGACUACCACGGCGGAGGACCGUGAGACGAUCAUCCAUCAUUCAGAGGCCGAGGGCCUAGAGGAGACCAUCACGGCCGAGGGCCGUGAGACCAUCCUGAUCUUCAGGUCGGCCUCUCACUGCCGACAACACCAUAUCACGACCGGCCUCUCGGCACGGCGUGCUUUCCAUAUUUGAAGACCGGCCUCGUCCCCGCACGGCGCGGAUGAGAGCCGUUGCUGGAUUGCAGAUCGGCCCCUCAUUGCCAACACUGCCACAUCAUGUUCGGCAUCUCAUUGCCGACAUCAUCAUACCACGACCGGCCUCUCGGCACGGCGUGUUUAUCUUUUGAAGACCGGCCUCGUCCCCGCCCUUCGUGGAUGAGGGCCGUUGCUUGAUUCUGUCAGAUCGGCCUCUCAUUGCCGAAACCAUUAUAUCGCGACCGGCCUCCCGGCUCGGCGUGCUUUCCAUAUUUGAAGAUCGGCCUCAUCCCCGCUCCCCGUGGGUGAGGACCGUUGUGUGCUCACUCUCAGAUCGGCCUCUCAUUGUCGAUAUCAUUAUAUCACGACCGGCCUCUCGGCAUGGCGUGAUUAUCAUCUUUUGAAGACCGGCCUCGUCCCCGCGCUGCGCGGACGAAGACCGUUGCUGGAUUUCUUUCAUAUCGGCCUCUCGUUGCCGACAUCAUUAUACCACGACCGGCCUCUCGGCUCGGCGUGCUUAUCUUUUGGAGACUGGCCUUGUCCCCGCCCCUCGCGGACGAAGACCAUUGCUUGAUUCUUUCAGGUCGACCUCUCACUGCCGACGCUAUCAUGUUAUGUUCGGCCUCUCGGCACGACAUAUUUAUCUUUUGAAGACCGGUUUCAUCCCCGCGCUGCGUUGGAUGAGAGCCGUUGCUCGGAUAUAUCGGCCUGACCGGACACUAUUGUCAUCUCCAUUAUCAGGACCGACUGCUCAGCGACAUUAUGAUCAUUGCAUAUCGGCUCCCAAUGCCGACCUUCUUGAGUUAGCGAUCGGGCUCACCCCUCCCUUCAGGAGGGUGACCAUCGCCUUCGCAUGACAUUAUAUGUGACAUCACUUGUGGUUAUUCUUGGAACCGACGAACGUAUUUUCCUCCCUCAAAAAAAAAAAAAAAAAAAAAAAGAAGCAAAAAAAAAAAAAAAAAAAAAAAAAAAGAUGGGGAGAAGGGGAGACGAGAUCCUAUGAGAGAGGGAGUCUUGACGAGGUAUGCCUGAUCUUCCUUCGCCGCGUAUGACGAACGUCUCCCGACGCGGAGGUUAGUAGGAACGUGGGGGAGGCUAGACGUACCAAAGGGAACCUCGGCAAGAUAAACCAGUUCCUCCCAUUUCCCGUGGAUCGAUGAACACCUUCUGCAAAAGCAGAAGGCUAGUAGGGCCACGAGCAUGGGACGACGAAGCAGGGAAUCCCGACGUGGAUACACCUGUUCCUCCUUGCGAUCGUUGGUUGACCGAACGUCUUCUUCGAAGUAAGAAGAUUAGUAGGACCGCGACAAGGACGAACGAAGAAUAGGGAAUCCCGACGUGGAUACACCUGUUCCUCCUUGCGAUCGUUGGUUGACCGAACGUCUUCUUCGAAGUAAGAAGAUUAGUAGGACCGCGACAAGGACGAACGAAGAAUAGGGAAUCCCGACGUGGAUACACCUGUUCCUCCUUGCGAUCGUUGGUUGACCGAACGUCUUCUUCGAAGUAAGAAGAUUAGUAGGACCGCGACAAGGACGAACGAAGAAUAGGGAAUCCCGACGUGGAUAAACCUGUUCCUUCUCAUAGUUGGGAUGACGAACGUCUCCUGCGAAACCAGGAGACCAGUACUCACGAGACUUGGGAAGAACGAAGAACCAGUUCUCUACCGGAGUCUGUGCGUGCCGAGUGUACACUGCUUAGCGGUCCGUACAUAGGACCACGGAUACGGUAGACGAACGAAGACCAGCUCCAUGGAUCAGACACGAUGGACCAGCUCUUUACCGGAGUCUGUGCGUGCCGAGUGUACACUGCUUAGCGAUCCGUACAUAGGACCACGGAUACGGUAGACGAACGACGAUUAGCUCCCCAGCUCAGACAGGAGAGACAUUGCCCAGAUUUAUUUUCAGGCUCACCAUUCCUUCCCGGAUGGAGUCCUGGCAGACGAUCGGUUUCUCACAGCCAAUCAGGAGAGAGACUUGACACAUCACCAGCACGGCCGAGGGCCGCGAGAGGCCGAGGGCCAUGAGAUGAUCAUCACUAUUUUUAUGCAUCACGAUCGGCCCCCUCACGCCAUCGUGUCCUGAUUCACGGUUCGGAUCGCGCAUCUCUUCCAGGAU